UUCAGCUCUUGCUCUUCUCUUUUUCCAUUUCCUUUUUCUUUUCUCCCUGCAACUGCAAAUCUCAGUCUCUUUCUUCAGUUCCUUUUUCUCACUCUCUCGAGGGUAUUUUGGUCAUUCUAUAACUGCUGAGAGUAGACCUGUGCGCUGUGCUCUAUUAUUAUAGGCGGUUUCCGGUGGUCUGUAGCGGUUUCUGAUGAUGGGAGGCUAGGGUUUAGAGAGGUUUUUAGAGAUGGAUAGCUCGUGGCAGGUCAAAUGUGGCUCCACAGUUCCAUCGUCUGUGCCCCCCAUGGCUUCAUCCACCUCGCAAGAAGCUCGAGAUAAGAUGGAGAUUAAUUCAGGCCACAAUGUUUACUCACACGUUCGUCAAGAAUUGAGAUCACAAAUUCAUGGAAGGAUGCUAGAUCCCUCAUUUUCAAACAUUUCUAAUUUAAGUUCCUGCAGCUCAAGUCAUGCUGCCCUGGGCAAUUCAUUCCUUGCACUCCUAUCUGGGCCUGCAUCUCUCUUGCAGUUUGAUAUUCAGGAACCAUUAAAUUCCUCUAGUAAACUGCCUAUUGAAUUUGGUAGUGUAAUCAUCAGUCCUUCUGGAAGUAAGGCUCCACAAGCAUCUAGUGCACUACUAUCAGAAAAUGGAAGCUAUCAAAACAUGCCAAGUGGAGCUGAUCUUUAUUCAAUUGUUUCAUCAAGGGCAGUGGCCAAUUCCAUUUGUGGUAGCAAUUUUGUAUUUCAAAACGGUCUUCCAGCUCCAGCUGAAAAGAUUAGAUCUCAGGGCUCGGACCUGCCCAAACCAGUCGUUCACCACAUAGGUCUUGGUAAUGAGCAAGUAAAAGAUUUUUCUUCUCUGAGAGGGGAAUGGGGUAGCAUGCCUGUUGCAAAUGCUUUAAAACUCCCUACUGCAAACAAUCAAAUACCACAAAAAGUGCCAGUAGAAGCAGAGUCCUCUUCUUAUCAGAAGUCAUCUACUUCUGCAAAGGGGUGCCCGCAUGUCUUUUGCUUGGAUAGAAGUGGAGAUCUACUACUCAGCAAUACAGGACUCCUAGGCAUUCUUUGUUCGUGCCAUUGCUUCCACAUGUCUGUCUCUAAAUUCUGUGAGCAUUCAGGAUUAUGGAAUGUUAACCCUGGUGAUGCUGUUCGAAUGGACAGUGGAGAGACAAUUGCUCAGUGGCGUAGAAUCUACUUCCAGAAAUUUGGGAUUAGGGUUCCAGAAGAUGAGAGUGGGUGGGACUGGCCUGAAGGAUUAUCAUUGACUGCUAGUUUAGUGAAAUCUGGUGUGUCGAAGACCAACAUGCUCAAGAAUUCUGCCUCUAAUAAUCUGUGGUCUGGGCAGCCUUUAGGCGAUGUAUUUCCGAAGAACUUUCUUGCAGGCCAGAAUUUAGUUAUUGAUUCCUUGUGUGACAAACAGCAGAGAAAUAGUCAGGAUGGUAACAAAUUUUAUCUCAGAGGUUUAGUUGCCAAUUUGCAGAACAGUACUUGUGGAGUGGGAGAUAACCAUGUCAAUGAUUACUCUAUCUCUAGGUGCUCAACAGCGCCAAAGUUUGCUGGUGGCGAACCAGAAAAUAUGUGCCAGUCCAUGUAUAUUGAUUCAAUUGUGAAGACUGGAAGUUUGGCAACUACCCACCCUUCCCUGCAAAAUUGUAGAAACCUUGUUAAAGACUCUGAUGUUAGCUGUAGUAAAGAUGCACGAGUUGGUGCUAUCACGGAAAAAGAUGCUUCUUCAAGCGUAGAGUUGAAGCUUGGACAACCAUAUCAGCAGAAUCAAUCUCCAGGAAAUUCAGUUCUACCAGUAAUAGGACAAUCGUUCUACAACGCACUUGUCAAUUCACAGAAGCCAUUUCCUCAAGAGCAGAUGAGUCAUAAUGUAACCAGUUUCAGGGGAGAGAAGGAAUCCAGAAUAUUUCUUAACCGUUCUGCUGGCUUGUCUAAUUCUACCACAAGGGAACAAGAUCACUUGAAUUAUGGGAACUGUGCAAUCAAUAAUGCCAUGGAUGGUGCUAAACUUGAAACACUUAAGGCCACCAUGGCCAAGACUUCUGUAGUUUCACUGUUUAAAAACUAUACUAUGCCUGAGGGGAGCUCAAACCCUAAUGCUACGAAUAAUUUAUUCAAUAUGAGUGAGCAUGUCAUACCUGAGAAACAACAUUGUGAAACUCGUACUUUCAAGAGUGACCCUGUCAACGUUACCUGGAAAAGUGACAAUGGUCUAGAUAAGCAAUGUAUGCUCCCUGAUUUGGGUUUUCUCAAACCUGAAGACAAGGGUAAAGGGGUGGGAUGUCUUGCUGGUAACUCUUACAUAGAAACAGCUCCAGGGUCUAAAAUGCAUAAGUGGAUGGCAUAUCCAAGCUCCUUUACUGGAGCUGUGAGUGGAAAUGGGUUCUCUACAGUUAUGCAUGACAAAAACCGUUACUCACAUCACUUGUCUAAUGUUCCAACAGAUGUAUCUGCUGGAAAAUUUUCCAACUGUCUAGAGAAGGUUCCUUGUUUUGGAAGCAGUCAUAUAGAUCAAUUGUUCCAUAAAUCCAGGAGGUUAUCCACAGGUUCUGGCCAAAUUUUGUCAUCACAGGCUGUUCCUGUAGGCUCUCACUCUUCUCUUCCAACCUCCAUUCCUGGGCUAACUCCAGCCACAUUUAACCAACAAAGCAUUGGUGUAAGCCCUCAUUUGCUUGAUGAUAAUCUAAGAUUGCUUGCAGUGGGGCAGAUAUUGGAGUUAUCCAAACAACAACUUGCAUUGUCUUCCCUUGGAAAGAAUCUAGAGCAAGGGAAAUGUAAUAAUUCUUCCAUCAAUUCUUUUGUUAAACCAUCAACAUCUGAAGAACAAAGGCUUGUGCCUAAGCUUAAUGGGAAACAGGACGUUUCUAAAGUUGCCAUGAAAUUAGACCAACCUGGGCCCACUACUACAAUGACAAAUGAAGUUGAUAAAUUUGCAUCUGUGACAGGUUGGAAUAGGUGGGGCAAUUUCUCAAUGUUGACACAAGGAAUGCCAUUACAGUGUAAAGAAAUUGGCAUGCAGUGUCAGCUUUCUUGCAGUCCUCUUCAAAAUGAACAUCCCUCAUUGAGGGGCAAUAGAAAUCAAAACGACAUUACUCUUUCAAAUGAGCAUGAUAACUGCUGUCAGAGAACACAUCAUUUUCAUUAUAACUGCAGCUGUGCAGCCCAUACUUGUCCAGGAGGAAAAUGCAAUUUCAGUGGGAAUCCUUCUAAUUCAUUGGGAGGACAAACAGGAAGCUUCAGUGGCAAAACUCCUAUCUUAAUUGCUUCACAGUUUGCCAAAGAUCACAUCAUUCCAAAAGAAAAUUCAAUUUCCAUUGGCCAAUGUGGGACAUUAAAGGGACAGUUGUCUAAGAACAUUAGUUAUAAUGCAUCUCAGUGGAAAGAUGUGCCAAGCAAGGUGAGGGUUUGUGAAGUGGCGUCUAUAAAAGGACCAGCUGACGCAUUGGAUAGAAGAGGACUUGAAGAUAGUGCUGCAAAAUUUUCUAAUGAAGCCAUUAACAGAGCAGAAUGUUUUAAUGAUCGAGAUAUGUCUAAUAUAUCUUCUGGUUGCUCUACCCCUGCUGUUACUCAGGCAUCGGUUGGGGUUACCAAUGUCGAUUCUUCAACUGUUGUUGGAAAUACUGGAUAUGUAGACAAUCUUGUAGUUGAUGAAGGAUCAGGCAUUGAUAAAUGCGGGUCGUCUGAUGAUGCCUUUGAAAGUGAAAGAAGUGCUUACUAUGGUUAUACUUGCAAGUCAACCAUGAAAAAAAAGGAAUCUUGUAAGGUUUCUGGCAAUAAAUCCUCCCGCACUCUUCUUGAUGAGGUUAAGCUCAUGGAUUCCCUGACAUGGAGGAGAAGCCGAAAUAAAAAGCACAGUUGCUUUACUGUUUGUGGGAAAACCGAUCAGUCACAGGAGUCUGAGAGGGGCUUGAAAACUGGAAAGAGAAAGAGAGAAAUGAAAUUGAAGAUGCUGGAUGUAUCAUUACGCACUUCACCUCCUGUAGUGCAUGAUAACUAUCCCGAGUGUGAUGCUGAUUGGCCUUGUUCAUCCAAUAAUGUGCUGAUGGUUUCAUCUGGGCCAGAAUCAUCUCAGACUUCUGGUGCUCACUAUGGUAAAAUUAAUGCCAAACAUGGGAACUCUGCAUUAUCUAUCACCAAAUCAUUGUCUCAUAAAAGAAAUCUUCAGGAAAUUUAUAAUUCAAGAGAUGGGGAAAAUAAUCACGAUAGGGAAAUGAAUCGUAGUGACAACUCUUGUAAAAUCCCUGAGAUCUCAGACAGAAAAAAGUUGAGAAGCACACAGACUGCUGACAUAUGCAUGGAACUUAAGAUGCAAGAAUUAACUCCUGCUGUAGGUGAAAAAAUAUUGAUGUAUGAUUCAGUGAAUUAUCUGAAGGCAUCUUCAAGUCGACAGGUGAAGAGUUGUUAUAGGAAGGCUAAGCCUGUUGUAUGUGGGAACUAUGGUGAAAUAACCAACUGUAACAUGUCUGGGGAUGUGACGAGAUCAUUUAAAAUUGUUUCUCUUGAUAGGAUUCUAAAAACUGCUAGAAGAUGUUCACUCAAAGAUUCUAAACCUGGACUAACUUCCUCAAGGGAAUGGAAGAGAGAAGAUGUUAGUUGGGGCAAUGCAGGCUUUGAUAGAUGCUCCUACUUGAAGGAAGGGAAAGAAAAUGGGAGCAAUGUUAAUUUGGAAUCUCAGGAUAUGAAUACUAACACUUCUUUGGAAGAAAGGGAUGUUGCUUUUUCCAGUGAGGAUGAGCAAUCUGCUGAUGAGUUUUCAGUGCUGGAGAAGAGAGAAGAAACAAGUGGAAAAGUUCAGAUUAUGCUGGGCACUAAUGCUUAUUGUCAGUCUAAAACAAAGUAUAAGGAAACUCGCAAGCGCAGCAUUUAUGAGUUGACAUUAAAAGGAAAGAAUCCCAGUCCUAAAAUGGUGUCCCAAAGGCAGGUUUUCAAAUGUAAGCCAAACCCAAAAAUCAAAUUGCAACAAACUGGAAAGGAUACUAGUAAAAAUCACAUUGGUAGAUCACGGAAAGUUGCUGCCAAAAGAUAUGUUAGAGAGCAGAAGCACCUGUCUAUUACAGAUGUAGAUUCUUUCUGCUGUGUUUGUGGAAGCUCGAAAAUAGAUGAUGUUAAUUGCUUAUUGGAGUGUGGCCGAUGUUAUAUAAGAGUGCAUCAGGCUUGCUAUGGUGUUUCCAGAGUGCCUAAAGGCCACUGGUAUUGCAGACCUUGUAGGACAAGUUCCGAAAAUAUUGUUUGUGUUCUUUGUGGUUAUGGUGGCGGGGCUAUGACUCGAGCGCUCCGGAGCUGUACAAUUGUGAAAAGCCUUUUAAAAAUUUGGAAUCUUGACACAGGAUGCAGGCACAAAAAUGCCAUUUCUUCUGCUGAAACUAUGCAGGAUAAAUCAAAUUUGUUUUAUUCCUCAGAAUAUGCAACUGAAAAUAGUUCAUAUCCUGUUUUAAGACCUUUGAAAAUUGAGCCAUCAACUUCAACCAUAUGCAAUAUGGAUGUGCACAAACAAUUGGAUAUUUUGCAAAAUUCCUUGUGCUGUAUUAGCCAUCUAAAAGUGCACAACAGUAUUACAGCUGGAGUACUUAAUUCUACUGUUAAGCAGUGGGUUCACGUUGUUUGUGGCCUCUGGACUCCUGGGACACGAUGCCCAAAUGUGGAUACCAUGAGUGCUUUUGAUGUGUCUGGUGCUUCAUGUCCUAGAGCAAAUGUGGCUUGCUCUAUGUGCAAUCGACCGGGAGGCUCAUGUAUACAGUGCAGGGAUAUGAAUUGCUCUGUUCAGUUUCAUCCUUGGUGUGCUCACCAGAAGGGUCUGCUCCAAAGUGAGGCUGAAGGUAUUGAUAAUGAAAAUGUUGGUUUCUAUGGAACGUGUGUGCUUCACGCAACAGGCCCAGCAAAUGAUGAUGCUGCCAACAUUGAAGCAGGUUAUACUGGAGAGAAGGAAGGAAGCUGUGCCCGGACUGAGGGCUAUAUGGGUCGUAAACGGGAUGGCUUCUGGCAUAGUGUUAAUAAUCAAUCAAAUAGAAGGGGUGGAUGCCUUGUUCCUCAGGAGCAGUUAAAUGCUUGGGUUUAUAUUAAUGGACAGAAAUCUUGUGCACAGGGACUUUUAAAGCUGCCAAUAUCAGAAAAGGAGUAUGACUGUCGAAAAGAAUAUGCCCGCUACAAACAAGCAAAGGGUUGGAAACAUUUGGUUGUUUACAAAUCUGGCAUACAUGCCCUUGGUCUUUACACAUCUCGGUUCAUUUCACGUGGUGAAAUGGUGGUUGAGUAUGUUGGUGAGAUUGUUGGGCUACGACUGGCUGAUAAAAGGGAGAAUGAGUACCAGUCUGGAAAAAGGCUCCAGUAUAAGAGUGCCUGUUAUUUCUUCAGGAUAGACAAAGAACAUAUUAUUGACGCAACAAGGAAAGGAGGAAUUGCUCGUUUUGUCAAUCACUCAUGCCUGCCAAACUGCGUUGCCAAAAUUAUUUCUGUGCAGAGUGAAAAGAAGGUUGUUUUUUUCGCUGAGAGGGACAUAUAUCCUGGGGAAGAAAUAACAUAUGACUAUCAUUUUAACCAUGAAGAUGAAGGUAAGAAGAUCCCUUGUUUUUGCAAUUCAAAGAAUUGCAGGCGAUAUUUGAAUUGAUAAUCAUUUCCACUUAUUGUACAUAUAUCAUUUUUGUAGCGUCAACAAUCCAUCCGUUAAUAUUUGACCUCUGUGAAUAUUAAGUAUGAUCAGGACCUUGCUUUGAAUUUUUUCUUGUGUACAUACAAGCUAAGCAAACUACGACAUCUGAGUCAACCAAUGUACAAUUGUCCCACCCAGACUCUUCUUUUGGAUGUUAGGUCGCUUGUGUGCAGUCAUAACUUAUAAGAAUGCUUAAUCACUUAAUUUCCUGCUCUUCUAGUUUUCAAUGUUCA